AUGGCCUCCCACCGCAUCGGCGCCCGCGUCGCGGGCCUCUCGCCAGCGCAGCUGUGCGCCAUCAUCGAGGCGCAGGCGGGCGCGAGCGCCGCCGCGCUGCGCGUGGCGGAGGAGCACGCCGCUCGGCUCGUGGAGCAGCCCGAGUGGAUCCUCUCCGAGAUCCUCCUCUCGCCGGACCUCGCCCCGCACAUCCUCGCCCAGCUGCCGAUCAAGGCGCACGCCGUCAAGGGGACGCGGUUCUAUCUUGGUGUCCCGGAUAUAAAUUCGGCCCGCGGAGCUAACUUGAAAAUUCGGCCCGCGGAGAGCCCGUUGUCGCCGAAGAUUUUGUCGGACUAA